AUGGAAAAGAACUAUUUGCACAGCUUAGUUUUCAAACUUCAUCAGGAGCACCCCCAGUCAGUGCAUUUCUUAGUCUGCUGUGCAUCGGCCUUUGUUGGCGAGACACGUAAGUCCCUCCGUGCUGAUUCAUCUUAAUCGCGUUUUUAUGCCAGUCACCUACCCCUUAGACAUAAUUAAGACACGUUUGCAAGUCGUUGGCCAGUUGUCGCCGUCAAGGACCAGACCCAGCCUUCUCAAGCUCACUGUCUCGAUUGUCAAAAAUGAAGGGUUUUUGAGCUUCUGGCAGGGACUUUCACCGGCUCUCUACAGACAUUUCCGUAAGUAUUGUUUUUUAUGUCGAGUUUUUACUCAGAGAACUGGACUUAAACUUGCACACUUUUAGGAGCGAUGCUCAGUUGCAUCACCUUGGUCUAACAAAAAAAAACUGGGCAGAGCCUUUUCGGUUUUCGCAGUUUACACAUGGAAAGCUUAAACAGCCCUUCUGCCAUACACUGUCUUAUGAGUGUCACUGCCACUUCACUGUGCGUUGGGUAGAAUCCCGUUUCACUGAGAUGCACCCAUGCCCCUGCUUGUUUUAACCAUCACACUGUACGCAUCUACUUGGUUCGCCAGCAUUCCUUCACUCUAAUUUCGCUGUGAAGUUAGCGUUUUUUAAGAAAAUUGGAUGUAGAUCGUGCAAAGAAUACCCUACUUUCCUAGAUUUAGUAGCCUUGUUUGAGAACUUCGACAUUUUCACUGCUUUUUGUGACUUGUUAGGAUUAAGUUUCCCGAAACCUUCCACGGAUAGUGUCAUGUAUACCCUUUGACUGGUUGCUGUUGUCUCUUAAUUUCUGCCAUUUCAUCCGAAAUAAAAGGGGAUGUGGUUGACAGACAUGGUCAGUCGACUAGCGCAUGGGGGGGGGGAUGCAGGAGUUUGGCCGGCACUGGAGAAUCCAUCUUUACGGCAAACUAGCAUAUUCCUCGUUAUACUAAAUCUGACGCGGUUGGACCCAUCACAGCGCACCAUCAGUUGUGGCUUGGUAGGUUGCCAACCGACAUCACGACUCAAUGUAUAUCAAGAUUGCUGGUCAGGCUGCGGUGACUCUUUUGUGUUGUGACUUUUAUGGUAUUCUCAUUUAUGUGAGGUUCGAGACGUUGAGCUAGGAACUGGUCUAUGUGUGACUCGCGUAGAGUGACUGUUUGCCUUUCUGAGCCACUACUUUCAUGUCCACUUCCGGCCGUCUUGCCAUUAUUUGACUGUCGAUAUAUAGUGGAUGAGGAGGUGAGGUAGAUGCCGUGCAAGUACACUAUACAUUUCACUGUAAACAGACUCACGCUCAAGUCUCCGCUGCCGGGCUUAUCUCACGGGGUAUCCGUCAAUGUCGCCACUGUCGAACCAUCAGUUACAGUUUGGACUUGUUGACGCCCUACAUAUAUUUCCUUGUAAGCAUCCUGUAAGUGUUCCACUUGACAUGCUUUGCAGUCUACACUGGGGCCCGGAUGCCCAUCUAUGAGGUCAUCCGUGGUCACGUGUUUUUGAUGCCUCCCGCCAGCAGUGGGGCACGCAAGGCAUGGUUGGAGGAAAUGAAGAAGUCCGAGCAGGUCUCUGACGACAACCCAGACUGCGAACGUCUGUCACCAAGAUACCUGUGGCGGGCAGCUGCGGCAGGAAUUCUCUCGGGUGCGCUUGCUCAGUUCAUCUGCAGUCCGACGGAUCUGCUGAAGGUAACGGGGCCUGCAGUCGCAGCCACAGAUCAUUUCUUUAAUCUUUAGUCGCCCGUAAUGGUGAAAUGCAGUAUAUGUCUUCGUGAUCCUAUUUCACACCCGCAACCAGUGGUAGUGAGGGGAAUUGAGUAUGGUGUUAUAAUCCAACUACCAAUUACUACUGUCUGUUUCAAGCCACCAGAGUCCAUCUUUGGAACUGCAGUAAUAUCAAGGCACACGAGUUUUCCUCUGUGGGUGGUCAACUGAUAAUCAGUCUUCCAGUUAACUGAUACCGACCACCUGAAGGCAUGAACAGUACCAACUUUUGAUCUUAGGAGCUUGCCAACCUGGUCGUAUUUACACGAGUUGGUUGUCGGCAUGAAGACACCUGUUGACGGAUAACCUAGUUUCCAUCGUUGCCUUCGUUGCAUUUACUCACUGACGACUCUCCAAUGUACCAUUGUUCCUGAAUGCAUCGCUUGUCAAGUUGCUCAGCUUUUGGAUUCCGUGGCGUCUGAUGGUUAUGCUCUCAGUGUAAUAUGUCUCUUGUAAAAAUAUUGCGUUCUUGUGAAAUUUUGAUGUCACCGGUCUUCUCGCAGCUCAAAGUACGUUUGGUUUGCACCACUGUCAUAUCAGUAAAUGGGUGACGUGGUGGUUUCCACCCUUCAUGGUUUCGAAUUUCUGCAGUCUGUGAAAUCAGUUAACAAGACACUUUUAGUAAAUUGCCUCCUCCGUUGUGUAAAAGAUCAUACUCAGGUCUUAAAGUAAAUUGUCCGUGUGUGCUUAGACGCGGACUAAGACAACGCCUCAGAAUCAUUUUGCUUCGGAACUUCAGAAAAGCUUAGCACGUUACUCGAGCUGUAUUUCUGUAUUUACUUCCUUUGCAGGUCCGGCUACAAACCGAGCGGCGUAGAACCAUGACUGUACUUCCCCCUCCUCCAAACGCAGCGAUUCCGCAUGCAUCUGCUAAGUAAGUCCGGCGCUUUUAUUCCACUGAAUUAGUACCCAUUUCAAUUGGGUCAUAUUGGACUAGUUUCCCGCUUUAUCCAUCAUAUUAUAUAUUUUCUCCUGGUACCCAUUCUUCUAUCUCUGCGAUAUGUUGCACUCAUUCGUAUCUAGCCCACGAUAUUUCCAUAGUUGGUGAGGUUACGAGCUACCUACGUUGACAAGCUUUAUCUGAGACCUUGUUGUCUGUCUAGGGUGUUGAAAAUCAGUAAGUCACCGCCGCUUUCAUUUAGAUUCCGUAAACGGAAGUCUUCCUAUCCUCAGUGAAAACCGUGGGGUGGGACGAGUCUUCAUACGGGACCUUGAGGACAGGAAGGCUUUAUAGACAGCACCAUCCCCUCAUCAGUCUAACUGCUGGCCGUCGUUUGGGUUGGCUGUAUAAGUGUAAUUUGUCACAGAACCAACCAGCCCCAUGACUACCUGAUAGACAAUCGUGACCGACAUAGUUUUUGCAUUUUAGUGCUUUUACUCGGUCGCAGAACUGUGAAGUCGUGUAAUGUGGGGAUCACAUCUUCUGGAGAGAGUUAGGUUUGUCGGUUGAUGACAAAGCCCCCAAUCACUGGUUGCGUUAAUUUCGCUGCCUAACCAGACGCUUUGCCUCUACUAGUAGAAUAUGUUAGUGUCUCUCUAAUUUCGUCUUGUGUGCCUAUUAUUUUCGUCAGCAUUGCCAACUGUUCUCACUUUUUGUUAACUUCUAGAGCCCCUCCAGUCAAGGUGUCCUUAACGAUGAGAGAACUUGUGAGGGAGGCCGGCUUCUUCGGACUCUGGCGUGGAGGUCUGCCCAACGUUCAACGAGCUGCUCUCGUAAACAUGGGGGAGAUGACCACUUAUGACACGGCGAAGCGUUGGCUUCAAUUGAGGUUUGGCCUCAAGGUGAGACAAGUGACUACUCCAGUCUCCCUUGUUUGUUUCAGCAACAUUUGUUCCACAUUUGUAUCAACUUCUUCCAUUGGUAUUAGUACCCCGUCUUCAUCAUCUAUGAGGGAUAUUUGAAAGUCAUUCGUUCAGCAUUUUAGUCAGCAUUUGGCGCUGAUUAUGCAUAACCACAGUUUUCAUCAUGUGGACUGCCAGUCCGAAGUACGAGCAGCUGGAGGCAAAGAGGCCCACACUCCGCGACAUGUUCUCUUCUGCUGUGAUGUUUAGCGUGCAGUCAUCCAUGAACCAGAGGUCGUGGACACUGGCCUUGUAACCCAUCGAAAAUGCCUUUAUGCAUCGAAUGUUCAGCAGUCGUCCAUCAGUUCGGUAGUCAGCGCUGAUUCCCGGCUGUUGCUCACUGCAGGCGUCCGUCAUCAUGGCGCAAAACACAAGACUGGAUACCGUGUAGGCUACUUCAGCCCUUUGGUAACCGCAAGUGCUUCUGAAUCUGACUCAUUGUCUGUGACGCGCACCAUCAUCCCGUCGUUUAAUUGUCCGACUAUUUGCGUGAAUCGCUCCAUACGUCGGAAUCCUAGCCUGAUUUCCCGAGUUCAUCGCGGGUCACUAUGCCAAGGACCUUUGUAACACCUCCAGAGGUAUUGUACGGACUGGCUACCGUUCCGUAGCAUAUCUCCCGUAGCAGUCGAAGCGCAUGCAUCAUAUCCGCGGUUCUUCAGUGUUUCCUCAGUCCACAUGGUGUUUUUGAAUGGGGUCCCCGCCUCAGCUGCAUAUUCAGACGGUUGAAUCAGAGAUAGGGAAGGUUCUCCCGGGGUGAUUCUUUCAUGGUCAUUGUCCAAUUGUCGGUUCCCACUGCAUUUGAAUAUGUGCACGAUAGUGACGUCCUUGAAGUGCUGAGGGAUUUGGCAUUUUAUCCACUUUCAUUGAACCAGUGCAGAAAGCUCGUUCAUGACUUUUGGACCACCGUAGUUGCCAAUUUCAUCUGGGAUUGCGUUGACGCUUGGUGCUUUUCUACCGGAUCUUUGUUGCACUGCCCUCAUUAUCUUCGAAAGGUUAGGCGUGCAGUCGAGGUCGGCAUUUUGUGUCCACUUUAGGCAGUCGGUUUCUGGCCUCGAAGAUUGUGUACAGGUGGUUAAGAGUACACCUGAAGUGCUGGUCACAGCGCCCCAGAACCCCCGAUUUCCCUGGCAAUAGGGUUGCUCCAUUUAGACUGAACACUGAGGCAGUCCCUUCGUAUGACAGCUAGACCAUCACAAACAAUGAUCUUUACUGUAUCCCACAGAGUGGGCGCAGAACAGUGAUAUGCCUGUGAAUUAGUCUAUAGUGGGACAGACUCGCACAGCACCUACCGAACUCCCUCCCCCCUCACCGGCUUGGCUCUGGUGACAAGAUAGUGUCUGGACAACCAGAGGUGGGCUCGGGUGCAGCGAGGGGAAUAGUAAAACAACCCAUCUAUCGUGUCUCACACCACCUGGCCCCCAGAACGUGUGCUAGAAUUCCACUAGGACGGCUCGAAUCUCACAUCAGUGAGUGCCAUUGAGCCUGACUCCAGCCAGCCACCCCGCAUGCACACGCAGUACCGAUCGGGCGGGCAAAGUUACACCGUCAGUUGGCAACAUUUAACGCCACGACUUUUAGCUCGUUGGAUUUAUUGUAGUGAGGAAUACGUUGAUUUGGCGUGGGGAUGGGUUCUCCGGUGUCUUCUCAUUUCCAUGCAUCAGUCCAUUGUCGGGACCUGUUGGCCAUCUGGUGAUGGCUGACAGUGCUGCGAAAGUUCGUUUACGUGUGCAAGACAUGAAUUCGUCACCGGGCCAUCUACCAGGAUGGAAUAGACGACGUCCUUCGCACCUGCGUGAGAGGCGCGUGUUCUGUGCGUGCGGCGGGUGCUGUGGCGUGAGUUCAUAUAUGGCCCUGCCAAAUGGGCCACGCCGUAAAUGCGCCGGACGAACACGGGCGCCACACUGGAUUUUGCCAGGCGCUGUCAGAAUGUGCACCGUCACAUAUGCCAAUAUCUGGAGUGCGGUGGCAGGCUCAGUUGCCGGCCCACGUCGUGCCAACUGGAAUCCCUGCGUCCCCCAUUCCAGUCGUUGUUGGUUAAAAUCCCGGUUAAGUGUUUGUUGAGGGCCAGGAGGUGUGCUGGCAAGGUUAGGUGCGGGUCCGGCCGUGCUAGCCACCUGCGCCCUCUCCUGCCUCCGGUCUUCUUGACUAUGUCUUGACACCGAGCCCAGGUGGAGAGGAGGAGGGAAUGCGGUAGAUGUUGCAAAAGUUUGCACUCGCAAUGAGCUAAUUCCCGCGCAAGCCGCUGUGCCUUCUCAACUUUGCUGUGGAGCACGCGCUGGACAUCGUCGGGCACGACGAUCGAACUGUUAGAACCCCGUCUUCUUUUAUGAUGGGAAAUAUUUGGAAGUCAUUCUUUCUACAGUAAUGAUACGGUGUCAUAGUCUAUGGACCUACCUUUAUCCUUUCUUGCUUGUAUUUGCGUAUUUUACCUGAUAAACGGGUGGUGUUCUGGCACGAAACCUGAAACCGAGCGGGCGAUCCGUAUGUUAUGCGGUACUCGGGUAAAGUCUAGUUAGUUUUGGCAGAGAAACAGAUCCAGUCAUCAGAUCUAGUCGUCCUAACUCAAUAUAACCGAUUCUCAGAAUAGCCGGUGUUGCACAAGCGUCCACUUUAAUCUGACACACCAAUUACCACUGUCCUGAUAGUGGUGGUCAUUGUCGCCUCUGACAGACGAACCAUCAUGUGCACAUAUGCGCGCGGCCGAAGUCAGCCUCCUGCUUUUCGUCCUUGUUUUCUUUAUGCACCCAACCUAAAUUGUCCCCUACAUGCCGACAGCGUCCUAAGUCUGUUCGAUGACGCUACAUCCGGUAUUUUGUGCGCGCGUAAACACUGCUCACGGCCGAUUCCUGAUAAUAUUUUUCAGUCCGACCCAUUUUACCGUACCAGCAGAAUGGUUGUGCAGAAUAGUCUGCCAAGUUAUUUGUUUUCCUGCCCCAUAAUCAGACGUUCGAUCCGAAAUUCGGAAUUUUUAAAUUAACUUACGUUUGUUCGUAUCCUUGUGUCCCGAGAAUGUGUUGGGCUGGGACGUUUUUACUGUGGUCUGUACUCUUUUAUUCGUUUCUCUAAACCGCCAUUUUGCUGUACUGGAAUGCCACCUUUCCUAAUUUGCGAUCGUUUCAUUUCAUUCGUGUAAUCUUUCUUGUGGGACUUUUAUGUUCUUUUUUUACUCUGCUUACAAUCGUUCCCGUUUAUCUGCAAUUCUUUCAUACUUGUACUUACUACCUGCUUGCUGCAAUUCUUUCAUCGGUGAAUUUAAUUGGUUGACUUUUCCGGUUCCAAAUAUGAUCCCCUCUCAGCAGUUGGUGGUGUCAAGCACUGUUUUGUCUUCGACGAGGGUGCUUUAAUUAAUCGCGGAUUCGAUUUUUGAAGUACUGUCCCUUUUCGAUAUGCAGGAUGGUCCCCUGUUACAUGGCUGUGCGUCCACAAUGUCAGGCUUCGUUUCGGCCAUACUGGGUACCCCGGCAGAUAUGAUAAAAACGCGGAUGAUGAAUCAACGCCUCAUGUCUGCGUCUGGGACUGCACUGCCGCCACUCUACUCCGGCAUGAUUGACUGUGCGGUAAAGGUGGUGAGACAGGAAGGCUUUUUCACUCUUUACCGAGGGUUCUUUCUCAUUUGGGCCCGAAUGGUAGGUGUGAUUAUUUUGUUCAACUUUACCAUGGCUACUGAUUGUUGGCAGGUAGUAUUAAUGCCACCAUUGUAUCAUAUCUUUUAGGCUCCUUGGUCCCUUACCUUUUGGCUGACUUACGAGAAACUGCGCGAGUAUACGGGGGCUGGCGGUUUCUGA